UGUUCUGUGGUUGAGUGAUAGGAUUUUUGAUACUAUUUCCUAAAUUUUAUAAAGAAUUUGAAAGAAAACAAGUUUUCUAGGGUCCUUUUCGACAAAUAUCUGUGAAUAGCGGCUAGUCAUUAAUAAUUUUGAUUUUUUUUUAUUUUAGUUUUCUGAACAUUUUUAACCUAACAUUCACAUAUUCUUAAAACAUGCCGCUUUCCUGUCGAUUUUAUAAAGAAAAAUAUCCUGAAGUGGAAGAUGUUGUGAUGGUGAAUGUAAGAGCUAUAGCCGAAAUGGGCGCUUAUGUACAUUUGUUGGAAUAUAAAAAUAUAGAGGGUAUGAUAUUACUCUCGGAACUCUCUAGAAGGCGUAUUCGGUCUAUUAACAAAUUAAUUCGAGUAGGCAAAACAGAACCCGUUGUAGUUAUUAGAGUAGAUAAAGAUAAAGGUUAUAUUGAUUUAUCAAAAAGAAGAGUCAGUGGUGAGGAUGUAGAAAAAUGUACUGAAAGAUUUGCAAAAGCAAAAGCUGUUAAUUCUAUCCUAAGACAUGUUGCUGAAUUGCUCAAGUAUGAUUCAGAUGAACAAUUAGAAGAAUUGUAUCAAAAAACUGCUUGGCAUUUUGAAGAGAAAUACAAAAAAAAUAAAGCAUCAGCAUAUGAUUUUUUUAAACAAGCUGUUGCUGACCCGAGUAUACUUGCUGAAUGUAAUUUGGAUGAAAAAACAAAAGAUGUCCUUUUGAGUAACAUAAAACGUAAGUUAACCUCGCAAGCAGUUAAAAUUAGAGCUGAUAUUGAAUGUGCUUGUUAUGGAUAUGAGGGGAUUGAUGCUGUUAAGUCUGCUUUAAAAGCAGGUCUUGCUUUGUCUACAGAUGAAUUGCCAGUUAGAAUAAAUCUAAUUGCUCCUCCAUUAUAUGUCAUGACCACCUCAACACCAGAAAAACAAGAUGGUUUAAAAAUAUUAGGGGAAGCAAUAGAGCAGGUUAAGAAUAAAAUUACUGAGUUAGGCGGAGUUUUUAAUGUGCAAAUGGCGCCCAAAGUGGUAACUGCGACGGAUGAAGCUGAUUUGGCUAAGCAAAUGGAAAGAGCAGAGCUUGAAAAUACUGAAGUUGCUGGUGAUGAUGAUGAUGAGGAAGAGGAGGAAGGACAAACAUACAGUGAUGGUGAGGACCAAGAACAAGGUGAAAAUGGUGUUAACACAGAUAAUGAAGUUUAGACAGCAUCUUAUUAACUUCAUAAGUGAGCCUUCAGCAAGUUUGUAAAAGGUCAGGAUUUAUUAAAUAAUUUUUGACUUGGGUAAUAAAGUCCACUUUUGUAUGUUAAACUAAUAAAAUAUCUGUAAAUGGUUAA